UGGAAAGUCUCAGACAGAAAGGGCAGGAGAUCCAGCUGGACCAGACCAAUCAUACAAAUAGCGGCUUUCAGCCAAUGAAACCACAGAAUGGCACCCCACAGACUGAUCCUUCUUGAGCUCACAGCUUGCCUGGAGCUUUUGUUGGACGCACGUAUGAGCAUGAGCUUUAGCAAGCUACAAGUCAAUAUGACUGACUCCAAUUCAGAUAGCCAAUACUUACAACCAUGAUUUCCAGCCAUUCUUUACUUAUCUGAACCCCUCAAGAGCAACACUGGUCAAAAAAAAAAAAAACCAUCUCCGAGGAUCGGCUCUGUGCUGUGCUGUAACCGCUGAGACGCUUACAAUGACGCAAUUAAUUUGUCAGCACCUAAGAAUGACGAUGGGUGACGAAGGUGGGGGGCUGCCUCUGCUGUCUACCCCACCUCGGCAUCGCGAGCUCCCAAACAGCUUGCGAGGAAGCUCUGCCAUGUCGUAGGGGGAUUGGCUGUGGGCAUUGAGGAGAGGGGCCAGAUUCCCGAUUGAGCCAUGUUCAUUGGAACCCUGGGAGAGUGGGAGUGAGAAGUAGCGAAGGCCGAGUCGAGGAGUGGAAGUUCGGACUUUUGUGCAAUUCCAUUCCGAGGUCCCCUCUUCAAGACUUGCUUCUGCCCCUCUCUCGAACCCUCUUUUGCUUCAUUCUUGAACAGCUUCAUCCAAAACAAACAACAAACCAGAUACCCAAUCCUCAUCAAAAACAGAGAAAAUCAGUCAAAAUGGUCAAGGCUGUCAGCGUUAUCCGUGGUGACUCCAAGGUCUCGGGCACCGUCGUCUUCGAGCAAGAGUCCGAGUCUGCCCCUACCACCAUCACCUGGGACAUCACCGGCAACGACCCCAACGCCAAGCGGGGCUUCCACAUCCACACUUUCGGUGACAACACCAACGGCUGCACCUCUGCCGGCCCUCACUUCAACCCUCACCAGAAGACCCACGGUGCUCCCACCGACGAGGCCCGCCACGUUGGCGAUCUCGGCAACAUCGAGACCGAUGGUCAGGGCAACGCCAAGGGCUCUACCACCGACUCCCUGGUCAAGCUGAUCGGCCCCCACAGCAUCAUCGGCCGAACCGUCGUUGUCCACGCCGGCACCGACGAUCUCGGCAAGGGUGACAACGAGGAGUCCCUCAAGACUGGCAACGCUGGUCCCCGACCUGCUUGCGGUGUCAUUGGUAUCUCUAACUAAGGAUAGAAAGAGUAAUGAACUGGGUUAGUUGAAUCAAAAGGCGGCAAUCGAUACAUGGCGAAAAAGCACACCGAUGAGAGGAUGAAGGUGGAAAUAUGACCUUCCAUAGCUGCAAUGAAAUCGAGCCAGAAUCAGCAACC